CCUCCAUGCUGCAGCGAGUUGCUUCAAGGGAGACCACAUACGCAAAUGACGCAACGGUCACGGGUAGCGGAUGGAGAAGCUCAGCGAAGCUCGUAUAUUAUCGCCUCUUCUCCUUCUUGUAUACUUCGUGCUUGCUUACGUCCCCGCCUGUCCAUCUUGCGGUGAACUCGUCCUGGACUGAAGCACACGUCGAGGCAUUGCUCGAGACACAACCCGCCUUAUUGACCUCUGCUCCAACGGGUUUGCAUUCGAUCCUCUAUCUUUUGAGUUCUCCCUUUUCGUUGGCAACUAUACUGCUCGGGUUAAACACACCGAAGCCCAAGCGGAUCAACGAGCCUCCAUCCACACAGUCCAUGGAAGAGGGAUCUACACCAUCUAUCGCUCAUAAGGAUCAUGCAAAACAAAUUGAGGCACUUAGCAUCCUUUUCAAAACACAUCCAGAAUUAAUUGGUGCUGAUGAAAGACUCAGCCCUUCAUCUCGAAUCUCGAAUCUACUCCCCGAGUCCCCAGAAGAGGGUCUCGGACAAAGUGGGUGGCUCGACGUUGGCUCUUCUAGUGAACCCGUGAAGCGGAAAACAGAGAAAGAAGGUGUCUCACUGGUACUUUUGGGGAGUGCAAGACAUCAAGAAGACCUGACCAGAGUGGAAGAGCUCAAGCAGUUGGCCGCUAAACUGGGCGUGCAG